GUGUGUGUGUGUGUGUGGAACAGAAAAGAAGAGGAAGGAGAAAUGGGGUCGGCGCCCACGCGGAGCGAGGUGCUCUCACUUUUCCGAUCACUACUUCGGGCGGCGCGUGAUUUUACGGACUACAAUAUAAGGGAGUACGCGAAGCGCCGUACUGUCGACGCCUUCCGCCAUAACUGCCGCCUCUCGGACCCGGCUGAGGCCGCCGCCGCGUUCUCCGAAGGGAAGUCGCAGCUCGGUGUCGCCAAGAGGCAGGCCGUGGUUUACUCGCUCUACGCACCUAGAGUGAAGAGCGUUAUGGAAAUGAAUGGGUCGUGAUAUCAUUAUGUCAGCCGUUGAUAAUCUUAUUAGUGCUAGAUAAAAGGAAAAAUGAUGAAGAUGAAGAGAAUGUGGAGACGAAGAAUGCUUGCCUCUUCCCCGAGAGAGGAUCAGCUACGCAGUUCAUGAUUACUGGAUAUGUAUUUUCACUGUUAGUGUCUCAGAAAGAAUAACUGCCUCAUUUUACAAAGACAUGAACACCGGAUGAAGCAUUAAUGUCCUCAUUUCUGUUUAAAAUAAGGACCUCUUCUUGACUUGGAUCUGAGCACAGCCGAUGUAGAAAUACACAAUUGUGCUGACAUGAGAAACUAAGUUGAAUUUCUAUAACAAAUCUUAUUGCAUC